UUCGUGGUCGCAUCUAUUAGCUGGUUUUAUAUUCACUAACGAAUUAGAUGGCUUCCACAUGUUUUAGAGGGAUCAGAACACACCCUUUCUUCCUUUACCCUUCUGCACUUUUUGUUAGAAAAAAUGGUGCCUUCUUUUGCACCAUGGAAAGUGUGCAAGCCCCAACAACUACACAUAAAAACCAGCAACUUGAGAUGACAUCUUCUCGCCAUACCCAAACUAGAACUGUUGAGAAAAUCUCAAAGGACUACGAAACAAUCAUUGGUAUAGAGACCCAUGUACAGCUCUCCACUCUUACUAAGGCCUUUUGUAGGUGUCCUUAUUUCUAUGGGUCCCAACCAAACAACCAUGUGUGCCCUAUUUGCAUGGGCCUGCCUGGUGCUUUGCCAGUUUUGAACUCAAAAGUCAUUGAGUUUGGUGUGAAAGUGGGUCUCGCCCUCAACUGUAAACUUUCUAUGAACUCAAAAUUUGAUAGGAAACAGUACUUCUACCCUGAUCUUCCAAAGGGCUACCAGAUAUCUCAGUUUGAUGUCCCAAUUGCUACGGGUGGUUUCAUUGAGUUGGAUCUUCCCACCGAGUAUGGUGGAGGGCAUAGGAGGUUUGGGAUUACCAGGGUUCAUAUGGAAGAAGAUGCAGGGAAGUUGCUUCAUUCAGGAACUGAAAGCUACUCCCAGGUUGACCUGAAUAGAGCAGGGGUGCCUUUGCUUGAGAUUGUAUCUGAGCCUGAUAUUAGAAGCGGUCUUGAGGCUGCAGAGUAUGCAGCAGAGAUACAGAGGUUGGUUCGGUAUUUGGGAGUGAGCAAUGGCAAUAUGCAGGAAGGUUCACUGCGCUGUGAUGUAAAUGUCUCUGUCCGGCCAAUUGGACAGUCAGAGUUUGGAACUAAGGUUGAGAUAAAGAACAUGAACUCAUUUUCAGCAAUAAAUCGGGCAAUUGAUUUUGAGAUCUCCAGGCAGGUAGAUCUCCAUAGUCAAGGACAGGGUGAUCAGAUUAUACAGGAAACUCGACUUUGGGAAGAGGGGACUCAGAGAACAGUUUCAAUGAGGAAAAAGGAAGGGCUUUCUGAUUAUCGAUAUUUUCCCGAACCAGAUCUUCCAGAAGUUAUUGUCAGUGAAGAAUACAUCGACACUAUUUCUGCUUCUUUACCUGAACUUCCAGAAAUGAAGCGCAGACGAUAUGAAAAAAUGGGUCUCAGCAUGCAGGAUGUACUUUUUCUUGCUAAUGACAAAAAUGUGGCUGAUUUUUUUGAUGCAGCUGUUGGAAAGAGUGCUGAUGUGAAGCUGGCUGCCAAUUGGAUAAUGGGUGAUAUUGCUGCCUAUCUGAACAAUGAAAAGUUGUCUAUAAAUGAGAUAAAACUUACACCCCAGGAGCUGGCUGAACUAAUAUCUUCUAUUAAAGGCGGGACUAUAAGUGGAAAGAUUGGGAAAGAGAUACUUUUUGAGUUAAUAUCCAAAGGAGGCACUGUCAAGGCACUGAUAGAAGAAAAAGAUCUAGUUCAGAUAGUGGAUCCUGCUGAGAUUGAGAAAAUGGUGGAUAAAGUGCUUGCAGAAAAUCCAAAGCAGCUUCAACAAUAUCGUGGAGGCAAAACUAAGUUACAAGGAUAUUUUGCUGGUCAGGUGAUGAAGGAAUCAAAAGGUAAAGCCAACCCACAGCUUCUAAACAAGACCCUUUCAGAGAAAUUAAAUGGCAAAAGCUGAUAAUUUCAGGGUUGGGUUAAUGCAUAUGGUUUAUAUAUAUGCCAACAUAAUAUUUUUCAUCAUUUUAAGUAUGUUCCCGCAUUGGCUUUAGAAAGUCCAUGUGUAUCUCACCUAUCAUAUGACCCAGUGGUGGAGCUGUGGGACAUUGGCUCAGUCCUACCAAACUUUCUGUCAAAAUUUGGUGGCAGCAAAAUACAAACCAUCUUCCAGUCUGUAGGAGCCAGUUAAAGUUGGACUUGGUGGUCAGCUCCUGUUACUGAGCCUUUGUCCUUACAAAU